AUGGCAGAGCCCGCGCAAUGUCUGGAAGAAGACCACCAAGAGAUCGGUGGCGUCGACCAGUGGGGCGAUUACAUUGCUGCAAUCAAAGCCUUCAAGGCUGUUGCGAGUAACAGCUAUGGGCCACCGCCGGCAACGAAGGUACUAGCACCAGUCACUAAUGCUGGUCCCUCUGACGCUGCUAGCCCCACGGCUCCAGUUCAAGCUCCAGAUACUCCAGCAAAGGCAGCACCUUCACCUCACCCUUCAUCAAGCGGGAGCAAAGCCAUCACCACUGAUAAUCCAGUGACUAGUCAUCAAGCCGAAGCAACUGGCGCACCCUUUCCAGCAGUUAACAGCCCUCUUCGGGAUGAGAGUCCCCAUGGCGUAACACCAGGCAUCUCCUCCGCCGCAACAGCAAAGAAUACUUCCUCUACGAAGAGAGAGGACGAGACAGUCGAACGAAACGAAUCGCCAGUUGUUGAUAGCAACGAGGCGCAAAAUUCCCAGCUAACAGGUGAUUCUAACGCGUCGGAUGAGGUCGUAUUUCGACAGGACGAACUGCGCAUCAUCGGGCCUAACAUCCCAUACACCUUUCGAAAAGACGAAACUUUGAAAACCCCGAAGGCUCUUGGUCAUAUUAAAAUGAGCCCUCCUCAGGUGCAAGAGCCCGGUGAUCGUCAAGUCACUGACAGACGGCCCUCUAGCCGGGGACGCAAUCAUAGGAAGCAUAACCCUCCUGCGAGACCUGCCCAUAUGCAGGAUUCAGAUAAUAAUGGUGUUCUCAUAAAACAUCAAAAUACUGCAGACCAGAUCAAGGAGGCCAGGAAGGCGGAGUUGCUCGCAUUUCAAAAAAAGGAAAUGCAACGAUAUGGAAAGAAAGUGAUGGGGCUCUUGUCUGACGAGUCGCCUGAAACCAUGCCACUCUACCUUGCCCGUCAAGGUCCUGGAGUUGAUCCAGAUUCUGUAUUCUGCAAUCGGCAUCCAUUAUACCUGCUGACCGACUUGGCAGAACGCCUCAAGGACGAGACCAAUGAGGCUCAAAGAAGCCUGGAAAGAGGAGAAAUACGUUCCACAGACGAAAAACAACACGCUGAACCAGCAGUGAAUGGAUGGGCUCUUGGAAAUUUUGCCAACGCAGUCGCAGUAGACUGGCAAUACCGUCCUUGGGAGAAGUAUGGAGAUGAGUUUUUUGCUCAGAAAUUUCGGCAGUGGUUGGACAAAACUAUGAGGAUUGGUUUCAUUGUGGAUAUGACUCAAGAGGAUUUCAAAAAUGGAGAAUAUCAUGCCAACCUUGAUACUGGAAUGGGGCCUGCAACAUUUAUCUGCCCAGAAACCCUACGAGAUCCCUCCGAUGCCGAGACCCUGAAGCACGCUCAUGAGACCGCAAUUGGCUACGUGCACAAUUGGAAUAUAAGAAUUCGUCAAGAGCAAGAGCGUAAGGAUCUAGAGGAGCGGGAAAGAAGACGGCUAGCCAUUCUUCCGAAGCCGGCCUUAGAGUCCAGCGAACUGGUGCCAUAUGCACCAAAAAUCAACAUGUACAUCCGCCCCGUUGAGCCAAAAGAUAUCGCUGCGCUUGUUGAACUCUUCAACUGGUAUGUCAGAAACACUUUGCGUCGUGCAGACUUAGAAGAAAUAACGUAUGACGAGAUGAGAGAGCACAUUGAAGAGCUUCGGACAGACAGAUAUCCUUUCUUGGUUGCCGUGGAGAGACAUCCCAAGGCCUGGCACGCUAUGAACCACGAAGCUGAAAUGCUACAUGGUUUCUGCUGCAUUAGCGACUUUUCUGGCCCACUCUCCACUCAACGAUUUACCUGUGAUAUUGAAUUGUUCGUGCACCCUAAAAGAUUCAAGUUGGGAGUGGGGAGCUGUCUUCUGGAUAAGAUGGUUGAAAUCUGUGAUCCCAAAUACCGCGCAAGAGGUGGGUACACUUUUGAUUGCGCCCCUCAAGUUCAAGAUGUCUACACUUCGGGACUGUCUCGUCCAGUUAUGAGACUCGCUGCCGUAAUCCACCACUCGAACGACGAGGCCGCGGAGUAUUCUUGGAUUAAAAAAUGGUUGAGUAAAGAGUUCAACUUUCAAGAACAGGGCUACCUCAGAGGAAUUGGUGUCAACAAGAAAAUUCUUGUCAAUGCUGGCUACAUGGUGUAUAACACUAGCAUCGGCAUCCCAGAAAGCAGGUAG